AUGUUGCGGACAUCGCUGCCAUCCGUGAGGGCGCUGGGCAGCAGGCCUGCCGCAGUCACUGCCGCUGCCGGCCGCCAAUGGCAGCUUGCCGCCGCGAGGCGUGCCCAGCUCAAUGUCGCCCAGCUCGUCUCGGGAGCCAUCAUUGUAUCAUUGUCUGUGAGAGCUAACUCGACCCUCCAGCGCUUCUACACCGACGACGCAAAGCCCGCCUCGCCUGAGACGACUACUAGUACCACUACCACAGCCCCUCCUCCUCCCCCUCCCCCCCCGCCCCAGACGACGCCUCUUCCCCCGCCACCCAAGAAGAAGGCCGGCUUCUUCCGCCGUUUGCGUAACUACAUCCUGACGCUGACCUUCCUGAGUGCUCUUGCCUUUGGCGGCGGCGUAUGGUACUCGCGUGUCAACGACAACUUUCACGACUUCUUCACCACCUACGUGCCGUACGGCGAGCAGGCCGUGCUAUACCUGGAGGAGCUCGACCUCAAGAAGCGCUUCCCCAACAUUGCCGACCGCGUGGGAUCGUCUAGGAGGUCCGAUCUUGGUGACAGUGUCAAGGUUGCUCCCCAUAGUGGCGCCUCGUGGCGCGUGGCCGACGGCAGCGAGAUCUCAGCCCGCCAGUCCAGCUCGAUUCAGGCUGUUGAGUCCGCGAAGAAGGAAGCUAAGGUCACCAGGGCGAAGCCUGCUGUAAUUGAGGAGGCUAAGAAGAAGGAGGAGGAGAAGGAGGAGCAGACGCCUAAGGAAGCUGCUGCCUCGGUUGUUCAGGAGAAGAAGACCGUGCCUAAGCCCGAGCCCCCCAAGUCUGAGCCCUCGUCCCCAGCUGCUGCUAUUGUUCCCGCUGCUGCUCUUGUCGAGGAGAAGAAGGAGGAGGAGGAGGUAAAGAAAAAGAAAUGGAAGGCUCCCGAAGUCGACGAGCCGUCUCGCUGGCCCCCUGCGUCCCCGAUUGAUCCUAUCACCGUUCCCGAUGCCGCUGAGCCGGUUGUCCAGGAGCUCGUCCGCAUGCUGAACGACAUCAUCACCGUCAUCAACCACGACGGUGCCAACGAGAAGUACGGCGCGACGAUCGGCAAGGCCAAGGAGAAGAUCGCCAAAGUCGGCCAGAAGAUCCGCGACAUGAAGGCCGCCGCCGAGCAGGAGGCCGCGCAGCAGGUCAAGCAGAAGAUCGACGAGUUCGACAAGACCGCCAACGAGCUUGUCUCGCGCCUCGAGUCGGUCAUCGUCGCGCAGGAACAGGCCUUCCGGCGCGAGUUCGAGGAGGAGAUGGCGCGCGUCAAGGCCUCCUACGAUGCCAAGGUCCAGCUCAUCCAGCAGCGCGAGCGCCAGCUCGCCGAGCAGCGCCUGCAGAACCAGCUUCUCGAGCAGGCCGUCGAGCUGCAGCGCCACUUUGCUCGCGAGGUCCAGGAGCAGGUCGAGCGCGAGCGUGACGGCCGCUUGGGUCGUCUCCAGGAGCUCUCCGCCGCCGUCGCCGACCUCGAGCGUCUGACUGCCGACUGGAACAGCGUCAUCGAUACCAACCUGCGCACGCAGCAGCUGCAUGUGGCUGUCGAGGCUGUUCGCGCUUCCCUCGAUGACGCACGUCACCCGCGCCCCUUCAUCCGCGAGCUGGUUGCGCUGAAGGAGAUUGCCGCCGGCGACCCCGUCGUCGACGCUGCAAUCGCCAGCAUCCCGCCCUCGGCCUACCAGCGCGGUAUUUCCACUCGUGCUGAGCUCAUCGACCGCUUCAGGCGUGUCGCGAACGAGGUGCGCAAGGCCAGCUUGCUGCCGGAAGACGCGGGCCUGGCUAGCCAUGCCUCGAGCUACGUCCUGAGCAAGGUUCUCUUCAAAAAGCCGGUACCGGCGACGACGACGACGACGGCCGGUGCAGUGGGAGAUGAUGUGGAGAGUAUUCUUGCCAGAACGCAGGCUUUCCUAGAGGAGGGCGACCUCGAUAAUGCGGCGCGCGAGAUGAAUGCGCUGACGGGGUGGAGCAAGACAUUGAGUCGGGAUUGGCUGGCGGAGGUGAGGAAGGUAUUGGAGGUUAGGCAGGCUUUGGAGGUUAUACAAGCGGAGGCGAGGCUGCAGAGCCUGAGGCUGGAGCAGCAGUAG